AUGUCAGUUAAAUUGUUAAACCAUCGUUUAUCAUAUCUGACAGUUUUUAUCAAACGUUCAGCACGUAUUCAAUCUAAUUUCAAUUUAGGAAAUGAAAUGAAAUUGCUGAACGAUAAUAAACAAUUCAAAAAGACACUUAAACUAUUUGAUGAAUAUGAGAAACACAUUAUUACAGUAUCUUCAAGUUUUAUCAUUACUCAAGCUUUAAAAGCAUGUAGUCAUCUAAGAGAUCUUCAACGUGGUUCAACUAUUCACAGACUGAUUUCAUCACAUAUAAAAGAUGAUUUUUACAUAUUGACCUCACUAAUUCAUAUGUAUAUGCAAUGUGGUGAUGUCGCAAGUGCUGAACUAUUAUUUAAUAAAACAACAAAUCAAACUUUGGCGAUGUAUGGAGCAAUGAUGAAAGGUUAUAUAGGAAAUAAUCAAGCGAAUAUAGCAAUUGAUCUCUUUCGUGAAAUAAAAAAUCCUAAUGAAGUAAAUGUAAUAGUUUUCUUUAAUGCUUGUGCUCAAAUAGAAAAUGAAGAAGCAUUAAAUUUAAUAAAAAGAAUCUCUAGAGAAAUUCCAAAAACUUUUUAUUUAAACUUUCGUCUUGUAACUUCUUUAUUGGAUGCAUUAAUGAAAUGCGGUGAUGUUAAAGAAGCUGAAUUAUUAUUCAGCAAUUCAAAAGAAAAAGUAAUGGAUAUGUAUGGAGCAAUGAUGACAGGUUAUAUAAAAAAUAAACAAGCAGAUAAAGCAAUUGAUCUUUUUCGUGAAAUAAAACAUCCGGAUGAAGUAAAUGUAAUAGUUUUCUUUAAUGCUUGUGCUCAAAUGAACAAUGAAGAAGCAUUAAAUUUAAUAAAAAGAAUCUCUCAAGAAAUUCCAAAAAAAUUUUAUUUAAACUUUCGUCUUGUAACUUCUUUAUUGGAUGCAUUAAUGAAAUGUGGUGAUAUUAAAGAGGCUGAAUUAUUAUUUAAUAAAACAACAAAUAAGAUUUUGCCGAUGUAUGGAGCAAUGAUGAAAGGUUAUAUAAAAAAUAAUCAAGCAGACAAAGCAAUUGAUCUUUUCCAUAUAAUAAAAAAUCCUGAUGAAAUAAUUAUUAAUCUAUUGUUUAAUGCUUGUGCUCAAAAAGGAAAUAAAGAGGCAUUAAACUUAAUAAAAAGAGUUUAUAAAGAAAUUCCAGAAUCAUUCCAUAGAAAUAUUAAUAUAUCAAAUUCUUUAUUAGAUGCAUUGAUUAAAUGCAGAGAUUGUUUAAAUGCAGAAAUUUAUUUUUCAAAAAUGAAAAAAUCUGUAAUCAGUUAUGGAAAUUUAAUGAAUGGUUUCAAUAAAGAAAAUAAUCCUUCAAAAACAUUAGAUUUAUUCAAUCAGAUGAAAAAUGAUAAUAUUCAAUCAGAUCGUGCUAUUUAUCUUUGUGUUAUAAAAGCUUUGUCUGAUAUUGGUGAUUAUUCAAAAAGCGAAUUAUUUAUUAAAGAAAUUCCUGAUUGUUUUCUUCUUGAUUAUCAAAUAAAAAAUGCUUUAAUUGAUAUGUGGGGUAAAACUGCUUGUAUUAAUCGUGCCGAAAAAGUUUUCAAUGAAAUUUCUGAACCAAAUCAUGUUGCAUGGACAGCAAUGAUUAAUUCAUAUGGUUUAAAUGGCAUGGGUAUUCAAGCAGUUGAAUUAUAUCAUAAAAUGCCAUCAGAAUUUAUAAAUGAAAUGACAAAUAUUUGUGUUUUAAAUGCAUGUUCACACUCAGGACUUGUUUCAGAAGCUCGUUUAAUCUUUAAAAAUAUUCAAAUAAAAACAGAUAGAAUUUAUAAUACAAUGAUCGAUUGUCUUAGUCGUGCAUCUUUUUUCGAUGAAGCCGAAGAAUUAAUUGAUGAAUAUGAACGUUCUUAUUCACCUGUAUUAGCUAUGUAUAUGGCAUUGUUAUCAGGUGCUCGAAAUGUUAAUAAUAGUUGUUUAUCGCAAAAAAUAUUCAAUCGAAUGAAAAAGCUUUAUCCUUCAACAACAGAUUUAUUGACACCAGCUAAAGUUCUUCUUGGAAAUGUUUAUGCAUCAUCAGGUGAUAUGGACAAAGCAUUAGAUAUUAGAAUCGAGUUAAACAAGUCGGGUGCUAAGAGAAAACUUGGUAUCACAUGGACCGUUGUCAAUGGACAAUUUUUCCAAUUUCGAGCGCAUGAUCGAUCUCAUCCUCGAUCCAAUGAAAUUUAUGCUGAAGGUGAAAAAAUAUCAAAGGAACUUCUUAAAUAUGGUCAUCAAUACGAUUCAAGUUGGAUCAUACGACCAUUGGAUGAAGAUGAAACUGUUGAAUCUAUAUUUUGUGGACACAGUGAACGACUUGCAAUAGCAUGGAAUUUUGUUGCUAAUCCACAUACAAAACGAAUUCAACUGACAAAGAACCUUCGUGUUUGUGGUGAUUGUCAUCGUUCAACAAAAUUAAUUGCUGCUAUUCGUCAAUGUGAAAUCAUUGUUCGAGAUGCAAAUCGGAUUCAUCAUUUUUAUACCAAUGGACAAUGUUCAUGUAAUGAUUAUUUUUGA